AUGUUUGCAGAAGAUUUAUCAAACGAUAGAUCGUUCGCCGAAAAUUUAUUAGAUAAAUACGCUAAAAUUAUUGGAAUUUACACAAACGAGAUCGAGUUAUUCAAAGCUAUUAAUGAAAACAUCGAUUUAACUUUGAAACAAGAUCUGUCACUCUCAUUUUAUAAUCAACAUCAAAAGUCAACGCGUGAACUCUCAAAAGAAUCAGCAUUAUUUCUUUGGUUUCAACUAUUUAAAGAUGUUCUUCUUCACCUACCACAAAAUGAUAAAAAUGCAAAGCAGCAAUUGGUUAAUUAUUUGAAACAAUGUUAUCAUAAUAAUAAUAAACAAUUAAAGUUAAUUGAUGAGUUUGAUUCACUCUAUAAAGCUGAAGAUGCAAUCAAAUGGUACACUGGUCAACCAUUUCUCUAUAAAAAUUUGAAUAAAGCAUUACGCACUGAAGAUAUUGAACAAUUAUAUUUAUUUCGAUUCUUCAUAACUGAUUUAUGCACAGUAUUGCACGAAGAGUACACGUACUUGAAAGAAUUUGAACCAUGUAUUACACUUUAUCGUGGAGCGUCGAUGUCCAAUGAUGAACUNCGAAGAAAAUUCAUAGCAAGCAAGCUUAUACAAUACUCGAAAAGUUGUUUCCGAACGGACAUCGAUGCGUUGCGCAUUGUUUGCAGGAGAUGGGUUGUGUUUACAAAAGAAUCGAAUCUUACCACACGGCAAUGGAAUGUUUCGAGAAUGCCUUAA